AUGUCCCUCCCGUCGGGCUUAUUCGAUAAUGAAGACGAAGACAGCAACACCCUGUCUCUAGGGGAGAAGGGGAAUACACCGUUCUACGAAACGACAACGAGGCCUGAACGGGACGAGGGCACCGGUGUCAAGAGCCCAACCAUCGCGGUUGAUACAGGUACACUUGGAUCGGUCGACAGGGUGAUCAUGGCUUGGGACAAUCCCCAUGACGUGAAGUGGAAUAUUGACAGCAACUACGUCACGGUCGUCAACGCAACAUGGCAGGGCCGCCAGGGUGACGAUAAAGGUCCUGUCGGAACGAUCAAAUUUGUCCAAAACCCAAAUGUGUCGUCCGGUAUGCCACGCGUAGGCUUGUUUGCCUCAUCGCGUGACGUCCACACCAAGCGCGAAUCCCCAGAAUUCUCUGCCUACCUGAAGAAAGAGAUGUAUCUCGUUCUCGGAUGGUCCAAAAACGAUGGCACCGGCACUGGAUAUACCCAGAGCGGUGUUUUCACAGUGUACAAUGGCUCAAAGAUUGAUCAGGGGUAUGCGGAGACUAAGGAAAACAUCUUGUCCAAGAUUACCAGCGACGCAGAAUCUGCCGGCCAGGAUAUUGACCGUGGUUCUGAAUGGGCUCCGAGGACAACCACCGGUGUGAGCUCUUCGAUUACGUCGACUUCCACCGCAACACCCGCUCCCUCAUCGACGACUCCUCCAGGUGCAGGCUCAUCAAACUCAAGCUCGAGUUCUGGAGGCGGUGGUGGUCUCUCCGCCGGUGCCAUAGCCGGCAUCGUAAUCGGCUCAAUUCUCGGCGUCGCUCUGAUUGCAUUCCUGCUCUGGUUCCUCCUCCGUCGCCGCCGCCGCGCAAACAAUGUUCACAAUGGAGGAUACGGCUCCGGCCCCCACGAGUUCCUCGCCGACAAGGAGAAUCACGCGCGCGUCACCGAAUCCCCUCAUUCCCCGUACUCAGACGACGGUCAUCAGCAACAAGAAAUGCAGCAAUCGCAGCGCCACCUCACCGAGCCCGAGCAUGACGCGGCAGUACCAGCAGCCGCCGCAGCAGCAGUUCCCCUUGCCUCCGGCACAAGCCCGACAGAACGCCGUUCGUUUGCGCCGCCGUACAGCGAGGAGGAGCACACGCCAAUCGCCUCACGCUCACUCGAAAACGUCAACCGCGACGGAGCUAGAUCGUCCACUCCCAACGUCAACUCCAACGUCUCACAUCUCAUCGAAGACGGCAUGACAGAAGAUGAGAUCAGGCGGUUGGAAGAGGAAGAGCGAGCGCUGGACGCGGCGAUUGAGCAAGCUGGCCAGGGCGGCGGUCAGGGGCAGCGCCGGUAG